CUGGGGCUCGAGCUUGGUGGGGGUCGGACUAGGAAACCCUCUAGCUUUCCAUUAGUUCCCUGGAUUCCCGAGAUCGCUUGCUUGUUGCGGCUGACUGUGUCGUGAUUUCGGGGAUUGGGUUUUCGGGCGGGGUAGGUGAGGGGGAUUUAGUGAAGGGACUUCGUUUAUGUUUCGUUUAAGCAGUUCCCAGCAUUUCGCGAAAUUUUAGCCGGAUCUGUGUGGUGCCAGAGGCGUUCUGUAGUGCGAGUGUUUACUUAGCGUAUGGGUAGCCAGUAUGUUGGAAGCGAACAUGGCGAAAUUUAGUCGGACCGCUACAUGGAAGGCCAUCAUGGUUUCCAGUUCGUCAGGGGAGUGUACCGAGUCUUUUGACCUUUUUGUUUCUGCACAAGAGAGAAACACCUAUAGCCAUUUACUUCUGCUUAUUGGUUUAGUAUUGACUGUUACAUGAUCUGCUGCAGUGUUUGACCUCAUACGGGACAGCAUGAUGGAACAGGCAACGAUGGAAAUUCCGAUUGCUGGCACAGUGAGCACUACAGUGGUGCCUGUGCCCGCGGUGCACAAUCCGCGGGCUCGCAAGUUGCGCUCUGCAGUUUGGAAGGACUUCACUAAGGAGCACCGUGCUGACGGCAACUGUGUUGCUAUCUGUAACCACUGCAAGAAGCAGCUCACAGCGACCAGCAGGUCAGGCACCACACACCUACGCAACCACCUCGCAAUCUGCAACACCACCUCGACACGCCGUGCUGGCAAGCGUCGAAAGCUCAUUGUACGCCGUAUUCUCCAAAACAAAACCUCCACUGAUGGGCGUCCCGGUGAUGGGCAUGCCUCUGGCGAGGACCAUGACAAUGAUAGCACACACUUUGAUCAAGAACUCAGCCGACAGGAUCUCGCCCGUAUGAUUGUCCAGCAUGGCUACCGAUUUUCAAUAGUGGAUGAUCUAGGGUUCCAAAGGUUCGUGAAGAACCUCCAGCCACAGUUUAGCAUGGUGUCAUAUGAGGUAGUGAGAGCUGAUAGCAUGGCAAUUUAUGAAAGUGAGAGGCUUAAGCUGCAGGAUGUGCUCCUCAAAACACCUUGUCGGGUUAGCAUCUCAGUUGAUAUGUGGCGGUCGAGUGCACAGAUGGACUACUUGUGUUUGACCUGCCACUACAUUGAUCAUGCCAGUGAUGAGUGGAAACUUAGGAAGAAAAUUCUCAACUUUGUGCAUGUUGAGGAACAUUUUACAGCUAAUCAGAUUGCCAAUCUCAUUGUGGAAAAGUUGCAAGAGUGGGGCAUUGACAGGAAGCUAGCUGCCAUUGUACUAGACAACUGCACCUCUGCUGACAUUGUUGCCACAGAGCUUAUCAGAGUUAUGCAGCCUAGGAGACUUCUCCUGUUAAACGGGAAUUUGUUCCACGUGCGCUCUUGUGCACAUAUUCUAAAUCAAACAGUCGAAGAAAGCUUGGAACAAACAUCUGACAUAAUUAAUAGAGUCCGCGAGAUGAUUCAGAAUGUCAAAUUUUCACAAGAAAGGCUUCAAAAGUUUCUGGGUAUCGCAAAGCUGCUGCAGAUUGACCAAAAACUGUUGGUUCUUGAUUCUCCUAACAACUGGCCAUCCACUUUCUUAAUGUUUGAUUCUGCAUGCUACUAUCAUGAUGUGCUUCUGCGCCUUGCAGAACAGGAAGCACAUUAUGCUGCUUUCUUGACUCCUAAGGAGUGGGCUGAUGUGAAGGCCCUCACUGAAAUCCUGGAUGCACUCAAUAAUACAAUGGAGAAGUUUCCAGUAGAAAACCCAACCGCAAACCUCUAUUUUAAUGACAUGUGUGAGAUCCAUGUUCUAUUGAACACCUGGCGCAACAGUCCUUCUCCUCUUGUUGCACAAGUGGCUGGCCGAAUGCUGAAAAAAUUUGAGGGGUACUGGGAUCUUACAAGGCCAGUAAUGGCAUUUGCAUCCAUACUGGAUCCUCGGUACAAGAUGAAGUCGAUUGAGUACUUUUUCCAGCUGAUUUACGGGAACGACCAAUUUACAGCAAAAGCGACAAUAGAAGCCAUAAAGCAAACCUUCACCAGUCUGUGCAAUGAGUAUGAACAUUCAGCCAAUUCAUUGAAGAAUCCAGCUGCUGUCUUCUACUCUGGAAACAGUGGUUCUUGCAUGAGCUCUGUGUACAACAAUGGGAAUGAUUCUAAGACCUUCUCUCGCAUUACAUUAUCAGAUGCCCGGCGGGGACUUGAUCAGUAUAUUCAGGAGUCAUCAUCAGGCCAAUCCUUAAAGUCUGACUUGGACAUGUAUCUUGAGGAAGCUGUCUAUCGUCAAAAAGAAGGGAAUCAAGACAAUUUUGACAUCCUGGGAUGGUGGAAGUCCUUUGCUGCAAAGUAUCCUGUCCUUUCUCAAAUGGCCCGUGAUAUUCUAGCUAUCCCUGUAUCCAUCAUCCCAUUAGACAGUGAAGCCCGGAUGCUAAAUGAGUAUCUUAGUACAAUGGACCCUUCAACAGUCGAGGGAUUGGUCUGUGCGCAAGAUUGGUUACGUGCAGACAUAGAUGUUGCUAAUUCAGAUGGUCAUGCAGAUGAUAAAGUGCCACAUGGAGAUGAAAUUAUUGUAGCACCAAAUAGUUGACUCUUCGCGGUGAAUGCUUUCCAAGGAGAUGUUUAUUGAUGCUCAACUGUCGAAGAACCAGCAACUUUAUCCUGUAAAUCUAUCAUUCUAGUUCUAGACUAUCUGUACAAUGGGGUCUUGGUGUUACCGCCAAAAGGAAGGCUAACAUUGCGCAGCCAUCUGGUACCAUUUUUAGACAAUCUGCUCUGUAUUAUUGUAAUCCAUGGUUUUGAUGUGUAUCGUGCUGCCCAAACGUCUCCCCGGGGCCCGGGCCCUGGACCCUAGCACCGGAAUGCUUGGAGUGGUAUUGACAUUGAACAAGUGGAAGGUAAUAUCAACUUUUAUCAUUCAACUCUA